GAUUUGUUAACUGUGGAAGAAGGUGGUGUUGGAAAUGUACCUCAAACGAAUCACUCGCUUCUGAAUAAUCCGAAUCUGCAAGACGAUUUUUCGGACGACGAGUUACUGGAGAGCAGAACGAUACCAGUAUGGCUAGCGUUGUUUUUGUGUGUUGCGUGGAUAUGUGCAUGUGCAGGAUUGUUUUGCUUAUGGGAAACAAGAUGGUCGUAUUUCACUUCGUUGUAUUUCUUUUUUAUAUCACUUUCAACGAUCGGUUUGGGUGAUGUUGUUCCUGAUCAUCCCCAUAUGUUAAUUCUGAUGUUUUGGUUGGUUAUAAUUGGCUUAUCAAUUGUAUCGAUGCUCUUGAGUGUUAUUCAAAUUAAAAUAGAAGAAUGGCUUUAUCAUUUGAUGAUUCGGAUGCGGAAAGAAUAUCAACGCGCCUUGGCGAAUGGGGAUCCAGUUGAAAGACAAGCAAUACUGAAUAAACUGAUGAAAAAAGAACCAUGGUUCAUGCGGAAUAUGGCACAGCAUUUAAUAAGCGAAAAUCAGGCCGCAGAACUCGAUCAUCAGGCGGAAACAUUCGAACGUUCGGUUUGUCAAGUGAACAACAAAAAUAUUCAAACUGAACCACCAAAUCUCAUCGACAGUAUCAUUGAACAAUCUGACAACGAAACACAACUCAGUCAACAGCAACAGUUUAAUAAUAUGUCCACAGAUGCUGCAAGUCUUGCUAGUGAAUUGAUAACGUCGCCACUGCAAGCCGAUAUGUCCACUCAGUGGUCAGUGAAUACUGAUAUGAGAUCCGAGUCAAGAACGCUGGACAUGCCCAGACUCGAAAGUGCUUUACCCCUCAGCAAUAUGGUGUGGCAAUCGCAAGACACUCUCGAGUCAUUUUCGGAUGCAAUCUCGGAUGCAACUUCUCCAUGUAAAUCCAUCAUCGAGGCGGUUGAUAGAAGUAUGCAAGUAUCGGCGAUUUCGUGUCUUGACCGCAGUCAACAAUUUGAUCCGCUACCCGCAAGUGUUUGUGGUGUACAAACCGAUAUCGCUCAAUUCCAAGUUGACGAAAUUAUGCUCAGGCUUCAUGAAAUACAAGAGAAGUCUAAGAAAAAGCCGAUGUUGAUGGAUCGAAGUAUGGAGACGUCAUUACAACAGUUUGAUGCAAAAGACGAGAGUGGUGAAGAGAACGAUAAGACUGAGCAAAUUUCGCAGUCAACUCAAUACGAUAUUGCACCAGUUGUCGUUGAUAUCUCGAUAACAGCUGAUCUGAACAGUCAAAUGGUAGAAGAGGGUACCGAGACAGAGCAGAAUGAGUGUUUGUUGAAUCGCUCCAUGGAGACGGAUGCAUGGAUGGCACAGUUACAGAUGCCCGAAUGUAGUCGUUCUGUACAGACACAUUUCGAUGAGGACGAAGUACUUUCUCUACUCGUUGUCGAAUUGGAUGAGUUGGCGACAAAACGAACUACUUCUAAACAGCAAGUGCGAAUAUUCGACGACAAUGUUAAUGAGAGGAGUACACAAUGCGAGCCACAAAUAAAGGAUACAUGUGAUACGUGUAUGCAAACGAUGUUGGAAAUGUGUGACUUCGAUAGUGAUUCGUCAGCAAGAGCGCGAUCUUCUUCUCUAGUCUCUUUGCGUGGUAGCACUGAUACUGAAGAACCAGCUCCAGUUGCUAAACAGGAUUUGAUAAUUCAAACAGAUGAUUCUUACUUGAAAAUAGCGAGACGUCUCGAUCAGAUUCGUAAUAAUCGUACGGCGAGCUUACACAUCUGUGCUGCUAAACCGUUACGUUUUCCACAAGACGAUGAUCCGUCAAAUUCGAAUCGACAACGAUCUGAAAAAUGGCCUGGUAAGGUGGUGUCAUUUUCGAUGGAUUCGGAUGCAGCGACCAUAGAAGAAGGACCGUCGAAUCUAUCAGAUUCGGAUACAUUGCAACCUCGAACAGACCGCUUUUACGGUAAAUCUCGUUCAAUUUCGCCAGCUCCGUUAACUCGUCCCAAUGGUUCUACACUGAUCCGAAGAAAACAGUCGUUACCGGUGUCGAUACAACCAGGUAAAGUGAGCGACUUCGUUCGUCAGCAUGAACGUGGUGUUCACUCACCUGGUAAAAUGAGCUCUCGCUCGAUGGUUACAAUCAUUGAUAUGCGUGAUCAAGGUUGUUAG